AGCCGCUUCUGCGGCCGCUGCGGGUCUGUGGCCGACAGAAUGCGGAUCUAAGGCGGAAGCGGAAGACGGUGGUGGCUAAGGCGGGAAAGAAAAAAAACGGAUAAUAGGACGAUCGACGCGCCGAUCGGCGCGUCGAUCGACCGCAGUGAAGGCCUCCGAGGCGGGUGCAGGGACUCCCGAGGCCAUGCAGAUGCAUCUGAAGACGCCAGGGAAGGCCAAGCUGGCAGACGAAACAUCGUUUUGGUGCCGGUGUGGGCCGGAGCGGGACUGCUACAGGCCGGGAGACAGCAUUCGAAGCAGAAACAGCACGCAGAUAUGUCAUUGCCUUUCAGAAGAGCGCCAAGACCGACGUCGAGAGUGCUGAUCGUGAAGAACUCGCCAGACAAUGAGAUCGCCAAGACAAACUGUGUGGCUGCGUCGCAGCAGGACUUCCCGGACGGGUCGUACGUGAUCCUGGAUGGGAAGUUUGUGUUUUCGGUGAGAAACACGGCGAAGGUGAUGCCCGGGUCGAUUGGGUUGAGCGGGAACCAGCGGUUCUGGGGGUCGUGGUCGACGGACCAGAACGUGACGGUGUCGCAGUACGACCUCUUUGCCGAAAACGGGAACAAGGGCGGCUAUCUCGGGACGGUGAACGUGGAGAUCAACUUCUGGAACAAGAACAGAGCCAACAACAUCCAGUACGACUGCGACGAGAUGAUGAAGGUGUUUGUGCAGAAGUUCGAGUCGCAGGUGCUGCAGCCUACGCAGAUCUUGUUGUUCGAGUUCAAGGGGAACUACUUCGAGGUGAUUGUGAAGUCCACGUUGGUGGUGGACUUGGGCCAGGUCUCCGCGGACGGGAUCCCUGCAUCGUCGAACAUCAUGAGCAAGGGCAUGGUGGUCCAGACCACCGUCGUCAACUUCUACAAGGGCUCUGACGGCCUAGUGAACCUCAAGCCCUCGAGCACCAGACCCAACGCAGACGCUAUCAUCCGGCCGGACUUCAAGUUUGAGGACUUGGGCAUUGGUGGACUUGACAAGGAGUUCACGGCCAUCUUCAGAAGAGCGUUUGCCUCCAGAAUCUUUCCCCCGGGGGUCAUCGAGAAAAUGGGCAUGACCCACGUGAAGGGUAUGUUGUUGUACGGCCCGCCGGGAACGGGUAAAACUUUGAUUGCCAGGCAGAUCGGUAAGAUGUUGAACGCGAGGGAGCCGAAGAUUGUGAAUGGUCCCGAGAUCUUGUCCAAGUACGUCGGGUCUUCCGAGGAGAACAUCCGUAAUCUUUUCAAGGACGCCGAGGCUGAGUACAAGAAGAAGGGAGACUCCUCUGCCUUGCACAUCAUCAUUUUCGACGAGUUGGACUCCGUGUUCAAGCAGAGAGGGUCCAGGGGUGACGGAACAGGGGUCGCCGAUAACGUGGUAAACCAGUUGUUGGCAAAGAUGGACGGUGUGGACCAACUAAACAACAUCUUGGUCAUCGGUAUGACAAACAGAAAGGACUUAAUUGACAGUGCGUUGCUGAGACCGGGUAGAUUCGAGGUCCAGGUGGAAAUCCAUCUUCCGGAUGAGGAGGGCAGAUUACAGAUCUUGAAGAUCAAGACCAAGAAGAUGGUGGAGAACAACGUCCUGGGCAAAGACGUCGACCUUCAAAAGCUUGCCGAGUUGACGAAAAACUUCUCCGGUGCCGAAAUCGAGGGUUUGAUAAAGUCCGCAGGCUCGUUUGCCCUUAACAAACACAUUAAGGUCGGGACGUUGGGUCAGUUGAAUGGCGAUUUCAGCAACAUCAUCAUUGACAUGCAGUGUUUCUUGAAUGCCCUCGAGGAAGUCAAGCCUGCAUUCGGUGUCCAUGAGGAAGAUUUGCAUGACUGUGUGAAAGGUGGAAUCAUCAAUUAUUCACCGAAGAUUCACCAGGUCAUCAAGCGUGUGGAGCGUGACAUUGAACAACUUCGUCAAUCUGCAGACUUCAACUUCUCUUCGCUUUUACUUUAUGGGCCUGCCGGAUCAGGUAAGACUGCUCUUGCCUGCCAGCUUGCUCUAGAUUCACAGUUUCCAUUUAUCAGAUUAUUGAGCGCCAAGGAUAUGGUCGGUAUGUCCGAAUCAGCAAAGGUUCAGCACAUUGACAGUGUUUUCCGUGACGCCUACAAAUCCCCACUUAACUUAUUAGUUGUCGACGAUAUCGAAGCCUUGAUUGACUACGUUCCAAUAGGUCCUCGUUUUUCUGCAGUCGUUCUUCGUGCUCUUAUGACUCGUCUUGCGUCUAGUCCACCGGAUGGAAGAAGAUUGAUUGUCAUUGGUACAACCUCCAAUUACUCCCUCAUGAAAUCGUUAGACAUGUUGAACUGUUUCAACGAUGAGGUUUGUGUUAAUAACGUCACUUCCUUGGAUGAAAUAUGCGCCGUUGUCGAUAAAGCAGGAUUUUUCCGUGGAAGUGGUGGUGAAGAUGAAAUUAGUAAUGGCGAUGAUGAUACUGUUAGACGUAUACACGCCAACCUACUUUCGAUCUUCCCUCAAGGCAAAAUCAACAUCCCAAUCAAAAAGGUUUUGUUCAUUGGAGAUACUUCCAAAUUCGCAAGAGACCCUGAGGAUGAAUUUGUGCAAUUGAUUGUGGAAAACAGUAGGCCUUAGAUGAUGUUACCGAUACCUUUCGGUUAUGUUCUCUUUCUAUGAAUGUUAGAAAAAAUUAGGAGUUUGAAAUCAAAACAAUAAAAAUUAUAUAAAUAUAUAAAAAAUAAAACUAAAACAUGAAAAAAAAGACAUAUACAAAAAC